AUGCCUCUGACACUGCUGUUGUGGUCGCUGCUGCCCCUGCUGUGCCUGUUGACUGAGUGUGAGGGCACACAACGAGUGCAAGGCCAGCAGACGGUGGAUUCGUGCUUGUGUGAAGUGAACGCCACACUCUGGGACUUUCCUGCUCAGACGUUUGAGAACGUGUCCGAAACAGUGCAGACCUGCAGAGACUCCCUGGAGAGGCUGCAGGCGCAGGUGCUGCUGACAGAUCGGAAGAUGCCGAAGAUCACGGCCACUGUGAAAAAUAUAACAGACCGCCUGCAUGCAUUCCAGUAUCUGAACUCCAACAGCCUGUACCAUGCCCUGCACCUGCGCCAGCUGAACCAGGAGCUAGAGGAGCUGGAGAACGACAUCAAGACCACCCAUCGCUCCGCCCCAACUGUUCAAACUAAGGGUCUGACCCAAGAGGUAAGUAAGGUGCGUGACGAGGUGAAGGAUAUGCAAAAAAAGAACGUCUUCAACCUGGAAACGGUGAGAGAAAACCUGCGCUCCAUGAGAAACCGCCUGGAGACCUGCAGGACCAUCCACAGCCAGUUCAGAAGCAACUGCUCACAGCGCCUCAUGACCAAUGUCAGCUCCCCCGUGGUCACCAAGCUCAACCCCUAUGGCAAGUCCUACCCGUCUGGCUCCUGGGGUCGCGAGACCAAGCCGGACAGCCCAGAGAGCUACUGGGUCCAGCCCCUGGUGAGCAGCAGCAAGCACGGCAACGUGGUGCGCCGCUACCACUCCUACGAGGACUUCAUGGCCUCCAAGAACCACCAGGACGUGUCGGUGGCGUCCUCUUACACCUCCUCCAACGCCAUCCAAGGGCCGGGCAGCCUGCUGUACGGAGAGGCCAUGUACUACCAGUGCUACAACACAGGGGAGCUGUGCCGCUACGACAUGCGAACGCACGGUGUCACGCGCAAACUGCUGCCCGAAGCCGGCUUCAGCAACCAGUUCCCCUACUGCUACUACAGCUGCCGCGACUGGACCGACAUCGACCUGUCGGCCGACGAGAUGGGCCUGUGGGUGCUCUACGCCACGCAGCGCAGCCACGGCAACCUGCUGGUGAGCAGGCUGGACGCCGAGUCGCUCAACGUCACCAACACCUGGACCACGCGCCUCUUCAAAAAGGCGGCCACCAACGCCUUCAUGGUGUGCGGCGUGCUCUACGCCACCCGCUUCGACAGCCGCUACCGCGAGGAGGUCUUCUACGCCUUCGACACCAACACCGGGAAGGAGGACAACACCCUCUCCAUUCCCCUGGAAAAGGUGGGAGACGGCGUGGCCAACCUGCACUACAACCCCGUCGACCGCAUGCUCUACAUGUACAACGACUAUUACCUGAUGUCCUACAGACCCUACUUCUAGGGGUCGCUGCUUCUUCCAUGUGGCCAUUAUAAGAGAGCUUUAUUGUCAUUUACCAGAAUAACAAAAUUAAAGUUUUUUUUAAGAUGCAAUUGUACUCAAAGAUAUAAUAUUGUAUUCAAAUAAAGAAAUACA